UUACCAAGAAGAUGAACUUCCGACCAAUUUUAAUAUAGAUACUGAGGUUUUGCCAGAAUCAUUAGUGGGAGAUCCUGAAGAUGUAGUAAGUCCCAAAAAACGGAAACGGAAGUCAAAGAAGAAAACAUCGAAUCGUAGAAAACAAUUUGAUCCUGAUUUUGAAUACGACUAAAAAGUAAUUAUAUAUUUAUUGUUCAUUUCAAUACAUUAUGUUCAUUUACAUUAUGUUCAUUUCAAUACAUUAUGUUCAUUUACAUUAUGCUCAAUUACUAAUUUGAUUUUGUUUUAAUAACAGGAUGUCUAAAAAGGUCAAGCAGCUCGCUAAGGGACUAGCGAGGAGAGCCUCCAUUUUUGGGAGAAAGGAGGACUUAGUGUUCCAGGGCACUAGUUCAAGCUCGAGUAGGCGUAGAGCUUUGUUGGAGCAUGUUCCAGAGUUGCAGGGUCAGGCAGUCGGCGUACAGAGGAAUGAGGAUGAGCCUGAAGAUGAGGAAGAGACAGAGGAGUGGAGACAAGUGGAAGAUGAGGAAGAGACAGGGUGGGGUGAAUGGCCCAAUGAUGGAGGGUCGGGAGUUGGGGGAGCUAGUGGGUCAAGGGAAGGAGAAGCUGGUGUUUCAGGUGGAGGUUCUGGAAGCGGGGGAGUUGGAGGGUCUUCACGGGUCCGGAAGCCGCGGAAGACUAGUUGGGUCCCCCCUCCUAAAGAACCAGUUAACAAGGUUGAGAUAAUCCCGAGUGGAGAUGGGGCUUGGCUGGAUAGUAGUUUCACCGGCAAAGAUCGUGUAAGGCAAGUAAAUAAAGUGUUGGGCAAUAUCUGUCGUAUGAGAUGGCCUGGAUUGGUGAUUGAGAAUGGUAUUGAGGUCCCUGUCACAAGAUGGGAUCAAUACGGCCUUGCGGUUAACGCGCAACAUGGGAAUGCGCAAGGUGCAGUUUGGCACGACUUCUGGGUAUGUUUAUCUAUCUUCUUGCGAAGUUAUCAGCUCAAUGAUUGAUUCAUAUUAUGGAUUCUUG